AAUACCCACAUCAUUGUACCAGAAAGCAGCAUCUCCUCACUCGUGCUCCUACCCUAAGGAUAUACAGUAGCACCAGAAGCUCACUGGUGCUGAAGAGAUUUGGGUUUCCUCCCCUUGAUGCUGAUUAGACCUUGCGAGAUGGAUUUGCGAGUGGUGAGCAUCCUGCUCCUCGUCGUGGCCUCUGCAGCAGCCACUGGAAAGGGGUAUGUGGUGAAGAAAGUGGUGCCCUACAACGUUAAGAGCCAGGUAGUUCCAAUGGCAGGUGAGCCUGGUGCUCCAGGUGAGCCUGGCCCCGAGGGACCUCCUGGCCCUCCAGGUGAGAAUGGAAUUGGUCUGCCCGGACCCCAAGGACCACCUGGACCUCCCGGACAUCCUGGCCGAUCAAUUGCUGGUAAACCUGGAACUCCAGGCGGACCUGGCAAACCCGGUGUCCCUGGAGAACCCGGCGAGAGGGGAGACACUGGAGCCACUGGCCCUCAGGGACCUAGGGGAGCCCCUGGACCUUCUGGAAUUCCAGGACCUGCUGGCCUGUCUGCUACUGGCAAACCUGGACCCUCUGGUCUUCCUGGAGCAAUGGGACCAAGAGGAGAGCCUGGCCUGAAGGGACACCCAGGUGUGCCCGGACUUCCAGGUGCAAAGGGAGAUAGAGGAAUUGGAGUGCAAGGACCUCAAGGUGAAACUGGACCUCAAGGACCUGUGGGAGCACCUGGAGCUCCAGGUGAAGCUGGAAUUGGUAGACCAGGCAAGCCAGGUGCCCCAGGCGAGUCAGGAAAGUCAGGUAGUCCAGGUAGAGAUGGUGCUCCUGGCCCCAUGGGACCACAGGGACCUAAGGGACACACUGGUGCCCCAGGUAUUGGUGUUCCAGGUAAAUCAGGUGAGAAUGGUGCCCCAGGUCUGCCUGGUCCAGUUGGACCUAAAGGCCACCAGGGCCCUGCUGGAGCCCCCGGUGCUCCAGGAGUUCCAGGAUAUGGAAAGCCAGGUGCAAAUGGUGAGAAGGGAGAGAGGGGAGCUACUGGUAGUCCAGGUGCCCUAGGUGCAAAGGGUGAGCAAGGUCCAACAGGAUACACUGGUGCUACUGGAGCCACUGGUCCCACUGGUCCUAUUGGACCUCAGGGUGCAAGAGGAUUCCCAGGUGAGCCUGGUGCUGUUGGCCCUAAGGGAGACACAGGUGCAACUGGACCUCAGGGACUUAAGGGACACAAGGGAGAUCAGGGAGCUCAGGGCUUCCAAGGCAAGCAGGGCUAUCCAGGUGCAGCUGGUCCUCCAGGACCCAGAGGUGCCACUGGCCCUUCAGGUGACAAAGGUCAUACUGGUGCCCCAGGUACUCCAGGUGCCCCAGGUAUUCCAGGUCCUGCUGGACCCAAAGGUCAUCCUGGACGUGCAGGUGAGAAUGGUGCCUCUGGAUCUGAUGGUGCCCCCGGUCCCAGAGGACCUGCCGGUCCACAAGGUCCCGCUGGUGCUCCUGGUCUUAAGGGACACCCAGGUCUGCCUGGUGCUCCUGGCCCUGCUGGUUUGGCCGCUAAGGGUCUAACAGGACCUCAGGGCCCCCCUGGUGAGCCUGGUGAAAAUGGUGUUGAUGGGGAACCUGGCCCAGCUGGUCCCCCAGGUCCUCCUGGACCUCCUGGUGAGGUUGUGUUUGAGAAAGGCAUUGGAAUGAGUGAGGUUAUGGUCAAGUCCCCAAUGUCUGCAUUCACUGCAACUCUGGCCACUGCCUACCCCCCUGCUGGUUCUCCCAUUAAGUUUAACCAGAUUGUUUACAACGCUGAGAACCACUAUGACCCUGAGUCUGGCAUCUUCACCUGUCAGGUUCCUGGAGUUUACUACUUCUCCUACAGCAUCCAUGUUAAUGGAGCUCAUGCCCUGGUGGCUCUGUACAAGAAUGAUCAUCCUGUUAUGUUCACUUAUGACGAGUACAACAAGGGAUUCGUGGACCAGAUGUCCGGCAGUGCUGUCCUCCUGCUCGAUGAGCAUGACACAGUCUACGUCCAGAUUCCAGACGAGGAGGCCAAUGGUGUCUUUGCUGCUGAGAAUGUCCACUGCUCUUUCUCUGGGUUCCUCAUUGCCUCAACGUGAUACAUUAGCUCCGCAAAGUCAGCCAACUAAAUUUGCCAUCUAUUUCUCAAAGUAAACUCCCUGUUCAUAUUCCUCAAACCUAGCGACAGGCAGUUCGAUCUUCUUGAGGAAUAGUCGUAUCUUGACUUGAAAACUACAUGAAAUGGGUGCUCAGAAAGAAGGAAAACUAAUUUAUAAAAACAGGUGAUCAGGGAUGGGAAAUGCAAUCUACCAUGUUCCAGUGAGCUUUUGAAAUGUAAACAACAUGUGAACUCAAGGUGUUAUAACUGUGUUGUGUCCAGGAAUUUCCUUCUCCACAUUGUUCCUUUUACAUUGGUGCCUCCACACUUAGUGUUUGUUUGUGUACAACCUGUUUUUGUUGUUUGUUCAUUUUGUUGUUGCUUUUUUUUUCUUUUUGAGGAGGGGAUUUAAUUAGAGUACAUUGAUUCAUUUCUGUGCAACUUGUGAGAAAAAUGUGACUUGAAUAUAUUGUGAAAUGUAAUGGUCAAAUUGACCAUUAUACAGAAAUACAGUCACCUACUAUGCAAUAUAAAAUGUUUAAGAUCAACAUUGUUAUAACCCUUGACAUGCAUUGUGUUGUGUAAAACAUUAAGACCAAAUUAAAUGUCUUAAAGAACA